AUGGUUUCGAAGCGUCCCAACAAUGAAGAAUUUGUCAGAAAAGAGCCUAAGGUGAAAAAGGCAAAAGUAUUCGAUUUCCUAGCUUUUCCAAAACGAAAAAUCGCCCUGCAAUUCUUCUAUUUCGGUUGGGAAUAUGAUGGAUUGGUGCAGCAGACGAAUACAAAUAAUACAGUGGAACAUCAUUUGAUGGAAGCGUUGCUGAAGACACAUUUGAUUGAGAAUUGGCAGAAAUGCGAUUUUUCACGAUGCGGGAGAACGGAUAAAGGCGUUUCGGCUUUUAAGCAAACUGCCGCGCUUAUUGUGAGGUUUAUUUUUGAUUUUUUUCACUUUGCAGCUUUUCGGAAGCUUCAAAAUGACAGAAAAUUGAAUUGCAUUUCUUUCCAGAUCAAACAUUUAUAACCCUGAAAUGCUAGAAACAUUCUGGGACCCCGAAACUCCCGAAGAAGUCCAAGAGAACUACAAAAAUCGAGAAGAGGAGCUCAAUUAUAUCAAAAUGCUCAACGGAGUGUUGCCCAAAACAAUUCGGGUAUUCAGAUGGGCGCCCGUGGGUAAAGAUUUCAACGCAAGGUUUCAAUGUACCCGUAGAUCUUAUAAGUAUGCUUAUCCGAAGGCUGAAGAUUUGAAUUUAUCGAAAAUGCGAGAUGCUGGAUCAAGAUUAGUUGGCGAGCAUGAUUUCUCGAAUUUCUGUCAAAUUGAUAUGAAUAAAUUGCGGCUCGAACAAUCAUACAUUCGAAAAAUCUAUGCGGUUUCCAUUGAAGAGGUCUCGCUGGGAAUGCUUCAGAUUACGGUGGAUGGAAGCGGCUUCUUAUGGCACAUGAUUCGAUAUAUUGUGACGAUUUUGAAUGAGGUUGGAAGAGGGAAUGAGGAACCGCAGAUUGUGACGGAGAUGUUGGAUUUGUCGAAAUUCCCGUGUCGACCACAAUAUACACUGUCUUCUGAUACACCGCUUUGCCUUUUUGAUUGUCGAUAUGAAAAUUGUGAAUUGGAAUGGAGAACUGAUGAAGUUGUGAUGAAUUCGACGAUUGCCAUGAUACAGAAACAAUGGGCCAUUUAUCAAGCAAGGUCUGGGAUUUUUUCCGGAAGGUUCCGCGUGGAUUGCUAUCACGUGGAUUUUCCACGUCAUAGCAAUCUUUCGCGAAGCAGCACUAUCUUCCGCGUGAAAAUAUAGAUUGUGGCCGUGGCCGCUAAAGCGGAAGAUAGUGCCGCUUCGCGGAAUUUUCCGGUUUACACUCGCUACGCUCGAAUUUCAAGCCAGAUUCUGAAAUAUCUGAUAAAAAUCUGAAAAACUGGAGGAAUUCCAGCAUUUUUCAGAUUUUUAUCGAAAUUUUAGCGGAGAUGCGGAAGCUAUGCCCAAAUUUCGAGCGAAGCGAGUGUAAACCGGAAGCUUCCGCGAAGCGGCACUGUCUUCCGCUUCAGCGGCCACGUGGUUUACUAUGAUAUGGCAAAAGUCAUAAUAAUCCGCGUGGCCGCUAAAGCGGAAGAUAGUGCCGCUCCGCGGAAGCUUGCGGUGUACACUCGCUUCGCUCGAACCUCCAAGUUCUCUUCUGAAAUAUCUGAUAAAAAUCUGAAAAACUAGAGAGAAUCUAGCAUUUUUCAAAUUUUUAUUGGAAUUUCAGCGGAGAUGCGGAAGCUAUGCUCAAAUUUUGAACCGGAAGGUUCCGCGAAGCGGCACUAUCUUCCGCACGUGGAUUACCACGACGUGGAAUUAUUGUACUGCAGAUUUUCCACGUCAUAGCAAUCCGCGUGGCCGCUAAAGCGGAAGAUAGUGCCGCUUCGCGGAAUUUUCCGGUUUACACUCGCUUCGCUCGAACAAAUUCUGCAAUAUCCGAUAAAAAUCUGAAAAACUGGAGAAAUUCGAGAAUUUUUCAGAUUUUUAUUGGAAUUUCAGCGGAGAUGCGGAAUCUAUGCUCAAAUUUUGGACCGGAAGGUUCCGCGAAGCGGCCCUAUCUUCCGCAAGUGGAUUGCUAUGACUUGGAAAUAUUGUACUGCAGGUUUUCCACGUCAUAGCAAUCCGCGUGGCCGCUAAAGCGGAAGAUAGUGCCGCUUCGCGGAAUUUUGCGGUCUACAUUCGCUUCGCUCGAAUUUCAAGUCACAUUCUGAAAUAUCCGAUAAAAAUCUGAAAACUGGAAUUUUCAGCACAAAUUAUGGGACGAUUCAGUAACUAUAAACUAGUUUCUGAAUCAUCCCAUAAUUUGUGCUGAAAAUUACAGCAUUUUUCAGAUUUUUCUUGGAAUUUCAGCGGAGAUGCGGAAGCUAUGCCCAAAUUUUGAAUUUUUCCCAGAAACCUUUGGAUUUUUGCAGAUCUCAAAUGAUGGAAAAUAUGAUGGGAGAAUUGUCAAGCCUAACUUCAAGCCUUGAUCCAAAUAAGGCCCUUCAUGAAUUUGUCCAAGAUCGUCCGAUUCCUCAGAAUUAUGUGAAAUUUGCGAAUCGACCGAAAUGUAUAAGUUUGACAGCGAAGAGAGAAAGAUUGGCUGAAAUUGAGAAGUCUGAAGUUUAG